AUGUCUGCUGAGCUUCGUGCUUUAGAGGAUAAUUCCACCUGGACUCUUGAGCCUCUUCCUCUUGGCAAGAAACCCAUUGGGUUUUUAUCAGUCUCAGGCGGAUCAUUCUUUAUUCACUCUCAUUACUUCCACCGGCAUACUCUUGUCCUUGUUUACGUUGAUGACAUCCUGGUUGCUGAUAACGAUAUCUCUCAAAUCGAGCUUUUUAAGAAAAUUCUCUCCACUCACUUUAAGACAAGGGACCUUGGUUCCUUGAAGUACUUUCUUAGACUCGAAGUUGCACGCUCUUCCAAAGGCAUCUUUCUUAAUCAGCACAAAUAUGCUCUCGAUAUUCUCUUUGACAGUGGACAACUUAGUGCACGGACUGCUCGUUUUCCCAUGGAGCAACAUUUGAAGCUUAAUACUCAAGAUGGUGACCUUCUCCCUGAUCCUGGUCUUUACCGUCGCCUUGUUGACCGUCUCAUCUAUCUGACCAUCACCAGACCAGACAUUGUUUAUGCAGUCAACACACUCAGUCAAUUCAUACAUACUCCUCGGGUCCCCCACAUGACUGCAGCUACCAGAGUUCUCCGUUACAUCAAAGGCUGCCUCGGCCAAGGCAUCUUCUUUCCUUUAUCCAACAGUACACAUGUCACAGCUUAUACAAAUUCUGAUUGGGCUAGCUAUCCCACCACCCGUUGCUCUACCACCGGCUACUUUAUUCAGUUAGGCACUAGUCCGAUCUCAUGGCGCACCAAGAAGCAGAAUAUAGUUGCUCCCUCUUCCGCUGAAGCUGAAUAUCGAGCCAUGGCCGUCACAACCUGUGAACUUACUUAG